CUUUGUCUGUCUCUGUUUCCUAGUAAGUUUUUGUUCUGUGUUCUGUCCUGUGGAUGCUGUGUGGUGGUUCAAUGAUCCUUCUUGUUUUCAAUUUUAUGUGGAGUGUUAACAGGUAUUCACGAUUACUAGAAAACAACACACAGUUACCAACCAGAUUGAUUUCUCGGCUAGAUCAACGUUACCUAUUUAUUUAAACAAUGUCACAAUCAACAAAAAACCCCAAAAGAAAAAAAGAAAAACUGCCUCAAAAAAAUAAUCUAGACCGCUACUUUUCUGCUUCCAAAACCUGCCUUGAUACCAAGCACCAAGUUAAUGAAAAUGAAAGAAAUUUACCAAAUGUAACUCUAGGUUUUAAAAGGAAAAACAAAUCAGAAAAUAACAACUGUGUAAAAUUUCAAAAAGUUGAAGAAAACUCCAAUAUAAACAGUAAGGCAAAAAUAGCUAAUGUUACUGAUACAAGACUUUGCUUAGUUUCACUACGUAGAAUCGAUGAUUCAAACAGACUACCAAUUACAAAAAAUGGCCAGUGUAAUGUGGCUUUAUUACCUGCUAAUUGUAAACUUGCAAACUUGGAUGAAGAAAGUACAAAGUCUGUUGAUAAAUCACCAAAGAAAAGGGGUAGGCCUAAAAAGAUAAGUAUGGUCAAAAUGGUAACACAAUUGAAUGUAAGUGAAAAAUCAACUUCAUUAAUACGUUCUUCGAUAAACGGUUCUGUUAUUGCUGAGAGCAUAAACACUCCAAAUCGAACCUCCAAUGUGAAAAGAGAUCCUUUAUCAAAAGAAACAGAUCAAGUGAAUUCAGAUAAAAGUGCAAGUAUGGUUAAACUCAAGUCUUUUCCUCUUACCACUGAUAAACCACCAGCAAUGUCUGGAACCCCAAGAAAAGUAGGUAGGCCUAAAAACGUUGAUGAUUUGAUACAAUUGAAUGGAAAUGAACCAUCAUUUUCAUUACUCCAUUCUUCGUUAAAUGAUUCUGUUAUUAUUGAUAGCAUAAACACUCCAAAACAAACCUCUGAUAUAAAGGAAGGUCCCUCGUCAAAAGAAACAGAUAAUGACCAAUCAGACAGUAAAAACAGGAUAUCUUCAUCAAGUAUGGUCAAUGUUGAGUCUAAUUCUCUCUCCACUGAUAAACAACCCGAGAAUUGUCAGAGGAAACAGGUAUCAGCGUCGUCCUUCCUGGAUAUUGCUUACAGUCAGUUUCACAAUGAUUUCUGCAAAACUUAUAAACUGGGGUUUGUCAGGCUACCAGAAUGCCUUGACCUUGAAAAAUGCAAAGCUCUGCACAAGGACACACAACCCAAAGAAAUAAACAGUUACCAGUACGGACAUGUGUUCAAUAUCUUUGAUUGCCCUUUUCCGGAUUGGCAUUACGAUAUACUGCCUGCCGUCUCCAUGAUUUUGAAUGGAGAACAACACCUUAGGGGAGAUAUGAUAAGAAUGCUGUUUGACUACAUCUUGAAUGGUCCCAAUGAAGACUUACUGUGGCAGGUCAAAACAAUCCUGGUCACCCAUUGGUUCAUGCAUCCCGCGUGUACCGACUAUAUGCAUGAAUUCUACUUGGAGUUGUUAGACAGAAAAUACCGCCGUGAGAGCUUUUUCCAAACAAAACUAACAGAUUCUGGAGUUUUGACAUACAUCAUGGAUCAGAUGGAAAAUAUUUUGAAACCGCAGAUAAAUGAAAUGAAGAUCAAUGAGGAAAACAACCCAAGUGAGGCGGAUAGCACAGACAAUAAUGAACAGAAUUUGAAUUACGAAGUGUUGGAAGAAAGAUUCAUUAACCAUCAGCCACUUAUUGAUGAAGAAGAACAAGAGGUGAUAGAAACCAUCGAAGACCUAUUUACUAAUUUAUCUCAAGGCCAGCAAGAUAUUGAAGAUGCAAACAACCCUAAAUAUCUGAGAAGAUUGACGAUAGCCUUAGAAAUCAUACUUGAUCUUCUGGAGAUGGACUUUGCGAUUUGUGUUUCGAGAUUGAAGAGUUCAUUAAAAAACGAAUGUGAUAUCAGAGAACCUUUGGUAAAACAAUUAUUGGACGAUUGCUUCCAAUCCAGAGUGUUAAAAUUCUACUUAAGAACAACGGACUCAAACACUUGGACACAGCUUUCUAGGCUUAUUGGUAUGAUGGCAGAAACGGUUCACCUAUUUAGUAGUUCUAGAAGAACUUCAUGGAAAUAUCCAGAAAUAAAUGAGGACUGUGAAGAAUUUGCUCGUAUCGUCUUUGAAAAUUUUACUAAAGGUGGUUGGGACGAGAACGAGUGUUUGUCGAGACUACAUUCACUGCAACCUACAUGGUUACAACAGAGAGUUGCACUCAAUGUCGUCAAUUCUCAUCUUAAUUUGGUCUUGGGAACCGGCAUACAGGCAGUGGUGGAUAUUAUUCAUUCUCAUGUUGUAAGCCCUGUGAAACUAAAAGAAGAUUUAAAAAUGAUUGAGCUAAAUUUGGAAGCGUUAAACAAAGAAGCUGAGAAGUUUUCGAAGGCUUCAAGGAAGAGGAACAAAUAUGGUGAAUCCCUCCUCCUCAGAGUGUGUAAGAGUGCCAAGUUCUCUGUCAGAGAUGUAGAGUGUGUCUUGGCCAUGGCUGACACCAAUGUCAAUGAGAAGGACAACCACGGCUGGACUCCACUGCAUGAAGCAGUCAACGCUGGAUGUAUCCCUAAGGUUCAGACUUUACUGCAGUUCGUGCCUCCUCCAGGGAAGGAAGCGGUAGAUGUCGGUGUACAAAACAACGAAGGAAUCUCUCCUCUUCACGAGGCCGUAGGAAAUGGUAACCUGGAUAUUUGUAAACUUCUAGUUGAACAUGGAGGAAUUUGCCUCUUAAGGAAGAAAGACAGCAAAGGCGUUACACCUCUAAUGCUGGCUAAAGGUCGAGACGAGAUAGAACACUUUUUCAAACAAGCAAUUAGAACUCAAGAAGAACUGAACUUGAACUCAAAUUCCGUCUUGAAACUUUCAGACACAAUGAUCAGGCUGUGUAUGUUGGUGUGUGAAGCCUUCAUCUCCGACCACCACACGUGGGAAAUCUACCAAAUAAUUAAAUACAACAAGAGUUAUGUUAAAUUUGAGCAAAAGAGCUACGUCUCAGGGGCCGACAAAAACAAUCUAAUAAAUACAAAAAGGGAACAAACCCAUUUUAGAAAGCUCAGGAAGAUAAUUCAAAAACUCGCAGAGAACCCAGACAACAGUCACCUGGUUAGGAUUUGGAGUGACAGAUUUCUCUACAAAGAACCGGAUGCAGAAGAAAUAGAGACCUUGUUUGGUUUUGAAGUGGAAAAUCUUUUUAGGUUGGAUAGUGAUAUUCGAAAAUAGUUUGUUCAGCUUCAGAACAAUAGAUUCCAAAAGGGUGUGUUUGCUGGAAAUACAAUAGAACUCCUCAUAUUCGACCAUUAUGGGACAAGGCCCCUGGUUAAAGAUUUGGCCGGAUUGCAGUUAAAUUCUUACUCAAGUAAUAAGGAACCAAUUUUUUUUUUAAUUUUAUAACAACUUGUAUGUAAUUAAUUAGUAAGAAAUAAAACAAAAACCCAGGGGACACGUGGAAAAAACUCCUCAACAUAACCACACUUACUAACUCGCAUUUUAGAUUGAACAUCAGGGAAGGUUGGGUUUAAACAUUGGUUUGGGGAAAUCGAGGAAUGUGGUGUGUCAAAGUAGAGAGCCGGACACGACUGGCGACACCAAUUAGGUAUGUUUUUUAUGUCAAAACCGUAACGUGUGGAGCUUAGCGCCUUCUAGAGGGUUAAUGACAUCAGAACACACAUACCACUGUUAAAUAAAGAUGAAAGUAAAUAAGAUUUUCCAUUAAAUAAGCUUCAAAUAUUAUAAGACCUUAAAAUAACCAUAAUUUUCUGCUGAGCUUUCUUGUCUGUUGUUUUUACGAAAUAAAACAGUGACUGUUUUUGACUAACCCCACUGGAAAUAAUCAACCAACUGUUAAGAAGUUAGGCCUACUAGCUCAACUCAGUAGUGCACACAGUAAAAUGUCAACAAACAGAUAUUAUAAGAGUGCUUAAGUUGCAGAGGUUACUCUGUGCAACUCCGUACUCUGUGCCAUGUGGUAAAUGCAUUUUGAUUUUGGCUUUCGAAAACUUACCAGAUAAAUUGAGGACCGGUGAAACCGAGGCCGGAAAUGAGGAGUUCUACUGCAAUUCAAACUUCAAACAGUUACCUCAUUUGGCUUUAAACAGUAUGAUAAAAAAGUUAUACAAAUAAGUCCAUAUUUGUUGUAAAAACGACGAAAUAUCUAACAGUAUAACUUGGUUAAAGCGACAUUGAGUUAAAUUUUAGAGAUUCGAGAAUAAGAUUAAGAUGUUUAAUACUUUCUAGUCAUUGUACAAAAUAGUAAUACAAUAUAUUUUAGUAGUAAAAAAAUAAUACCUCACUAAUUGUUCCUACAUCAUAAUUAACAAGUACAAAGUGGUAGAAAAAUAGGGGUUUAGUGUUUAGUGUUUUAAAUUUAAAUAAUGUUAAAAUCUUAAUUGUUACUAUUAUAGUCAUCACUCAAAUAAAAUAACAAAGAGUACAAAUUGAAACCGGAGCUUUCUUUUGAAUUUUUAAACGAAAAGAGACGACGUCGCAUUUCACACAGCAACACUUACGACUCUGUGAAAGAAGGUUCCCUUAGAGAACAAAAUUGAUACAAGGUUACAUUUAGUCUACAUAAAUUAAAGACCUUGUUUUACUACAAAAUAGUAAAAAAUUGUUGGUUGCUGAAACUAUUUGUAAAAUUACUGUUUGUUUUUGUUAAAACAUUAGCUAGUAUUAAAAUCUAGGAAAGGUAGUAAACCUAAUGUUUUUGCUUGGAAAAUUCCAUUGUAAAAGUUUAAAAUUGCUUUCUUUUGAUAUUUAACUGUUAAAUUGCACAGAUGUGUAAGUUACUGAUUUGUAAACUAAAUUUAUUUUUUAAUCACCACAUUUUUCCUUCUGAUUUAAGGAAAAGCAUGAACAUUUUCAUGUGAAUGCCAACUUAGUGUGAUUUUUAUUGCAUCUAAAACUAGAGAAAAUCUAGCAAUGAACAGCUAACAGCUUGAGGCAUUUUUCGUGUCAUUAUUAGCUAAAAGUUAAAUUAUUGAAGAAAAAACUAACAAUGUUUGUUAACAGGAUGUUUUUAGCAAUUUGUGUAUUAAGAAUAUUUGCCUGUGUGAUUAGUGAGGUUAUUGUAAAUAGUUCAUUUUACUAAAUGUAUAUGUUGUUGUAAUUGUACAUUUUGUAAAGAAUUGUGUCUAUUCACACUUGAAAAAUAUACUUUUUUUGAUAAAAUAUCUUAAUUAUUACUUUUGACCUUGCAAAUACACCCAGUAUUGUAGCUGCUUAAUGCAGCAUUGCAACUUUUUCUCUAUUUUGACAGGAUUUUUAUUUUUUAUGGUAUUCAUAUUUUUAUAUUUGUUGUUAUACUCGCCUUGAUCAAUUUUGUAGUGAGCUUGAAUUUGUACUUCCACCCCAUAUUCUUAUUGGUGUUUCUAAAUUUUUUUUUUAGUAAUUAACUGUAAUUAAUCUUGUUCACAGAGCAUCUGUCCUGUAAAUAUAGAAGUGAAUUAUUCACUUUUUUGUGAUCAAAAUCAUAUUAAACCACAUCAAGAAUUUAAUUCGUUCACAUAUUAAUUUGGAAUGUGUUUUUUUAAUCCCUUAAAGGCUCAUAGAAGUGGGUCAUGUAUAAAUUAAUGUUUAAGUAUAUUUUUGAGGUUACUAGACAUGUUUCACUUACUUGUUUGUUGUUGUGUUAAUUGUUUGUAUUGUUUCACUUACUUUAAGUAUAUUUUAUAUUUAUUAGGAUUGAAUAAGUAAUUUGUUUGUGGCGUGAACUUUGCUAUUUAAACUCCAGUAGCCAGAAGGAUGUGAAAAUUUAUAUCUUGUCGACACUAACUUUACAAAAUCCUUGUUUAGAAUAUGGAACGUCACUACCCUACUACAUGUGUAACCUGCAUUUUCAAACUGUGUCAAUAUUUUAGUAACAAUUGUACUUUUGUACUUUUAUAUGCAUUUGUAACUUGAAAGUGGCAUUAAACGUUAUCAGCGAUCAGAGAUAUUCUUUCUAUUUUAUGGGUAAAAUCAGAAAAGUUGUAAUAACUAUUUAACCGCAACUUUCACAGCAAUAGGGGUUGUACACUUUUCUUCAGAAUAAA